UCAAGAGACCAGCUGGGCCUUAAGCUUUGCAGCUGUCCCCACUGAUCUCUUUUUCGUUAUCCUGUAGUUCUUUAUUUUCUUCUGGUUGAAGCACACUCAGACUGCGUUCCUCUCUGCUUGACUUCUGCUUACAAAACUCCCCGAUCCCGCUGCCUGCCCUUGAAUUGCAGCCUGGUCUGCCUUGGACACCGAUGAUAAAGACACCAAGGAAAAGAAAUACCAAAAAAUAAUAAUAAUCCAUGGUGACUGAUUUGGCUUUCUUUUUAUCUGUCACACUCAGCAGUGACUUUUGCCCAGCAACUUUCUUCUUGGUGACCCUCCUGUUGUUUUUUUUUUGUUUUUGUUUUGUUUUGAUUUGUUUUUUUUUGUUUUGUUUGUUUUGGUUUGGUUGUUUUUUUUUUUUUUAUUAUUUUCUUCUUUCUGGAGAGAAAAAAAACACGCAGAGAAGAGGAGAAUGAUGUCAGUGCUACGACCGGCUGCUAAUACACACACUACACACAUCAUAAAUCACCACAAGCGCUUCUGCUGAAGUACUUUGAGCACUCAGAGCAUGGAUUUGACCCCCAAAAACCCCUUCUCUCCCUGGGCUCCACACAAUGCACAACCCCCAGAGGGGAAGGCUGGGCUCCCACCACCCCUUGGGGACAUUUUAACAGGGGGGGGGUCAGCCCCAGCUGUGCCAUGAGGGCUGCCACAAGACAACACCAGAGGGGCCCCGAGGCCUCCCAGGGCCGCAGCCAAGGCCGCGGGCCCGCCCGUUGCCAUGGCAACCGCGCCCCGUCGCCCAGCGCGCAUGCGCGCUCCGAGGGCGUGCGCAUGCGCAGUGGGAGGGGGGCCCCGGCGGUUGCCAUGGAGACGGCGUCGCCCUCAGGGGAAGGAGCGCGGCCGCCGCCAUGAGCUCGGAGCGGGGCCCGGCGCUGCCCUUCCUGCCGGGCUGCGCCUUCAGGGACCCCACGAAAACAUCCUUUCAUCGCUCGCAGACCCUGGGCUACAAAAAUGGCUUUGCCUUUUCCCGGCUGCCUACAGUGGGGAUCGGCGGGGAGCGACUGUACGUGAAUCAGCUUUCGCAGGCUGAAUUAGAUGAAUUAUCCAACACGAGACCCACGCUGACCUACGGGCAAGCCAGGCAGGCUCCUCCUUCGGGCUUCAUUCCAGCGCACGUGGCUUUUGACAAAAAGAUUUUGAAGUUCGAUGCCUAUUUCCAGGAAGAUGUUCCUCUCUCUACAGAAGAGCAUUACCGUAUUCGCCAAGUGGGUAUCUAUUACUACCUGGAAGACGACAGCAUAUGUGUCAUAGAGCCGGUUGUGAAGAACUCUGGUAUCCCUCAAGGCAAACUUAUCAGACGCCAUCGCGUGCCCAAGAAUGACCGUGGGGAGCAUUACCACUGGAAGGACCUGAAUCGAGGCAUGGACAUCACCAUGUAUGGCAGGACGUACCACAUAGUCGACUGUGACCCGUUCACCCAGGCGUUCCUGGAGAGCCAAGGAAUUGAACUGAACCAGCCAGAGAAAAUGGUGUUUGAUCCUUACACGGAAAUGCGUCGGAUGCCCCUGCGCAUGUACAUCACACCAUCAGACUUCGACCAACUGAAGCAGUUUCUGACUUACGACAAGCAGGUCCUUCGCUUCUAUGCCAUGUGGGAUGACACCAACAGCAUGUUUGGUGAGAAUCGGCCUUACAUCAUACAUUACUACUUGGCAGAUGACACGGUGGAGGUUCGGGAGGUCCACAAGCCCAACGAUGGCAGAGACCCAUUCCCAGUACUGAUAAAACGCCAACGCUUGCCCAAAACCUUUGUGGAGAAGCAAAAGACCUUCCCAAGCUGUGUGCUGGAAAUCUCUGAUCAGGAGGUACUUGAGUGGUACACAGCUAAAGAUUUUGCUGUUGGCAAAUCCACCACUCUUCUUGGACGCAAUUUCUUCAUCUAUGAUUGCGACGAGUUCACACGCAACUUCUAUCGCGACAAAUUUGGCAUCACAGACUUCCAGCCAGUGGAGAUAAAGGAGAAACCACCUGAGGAAGUGCCCCAGGUAAUUCCUCCCUAUAAUGGUUACGGCUUCCUUGAAGACUCUCUUCAGAACUGCUUUUCUCUGUUUCCGAAGCCUCCCCGGAAAGAUAUAAUUAAGAUGCUAGAGAACGACCACAAAGUGCUACGAUACCAGGUGGCCCUGGAGUCACCAAACCCCGAGGACAGGAAGCGUCGUUUCAUCCUCUCUUAUUUCCUCUCCGAUGACAUGAUCAGCAUCUACGAGCCCCCAGUCCGUAACUCUGGCAUCAUUGGGGGCAAGUACUUAGGAAAGACCAGGAUUGCCAAACCAGGCUCUACAACAGACAAUGCCAUCUACUACGGGCCCUCUGACUUCACCAUAGGUUCUACGAUUGAAGUGUUUGGCCACCGGUUUGUUAUCACUGAUGCUGAUGAAUACGUGCUUAAUUACAUGGAGAGCAACGCAGAGCGCUUCCCUGCAGCAACCCUGCAGUCCCUGAGGGAUCAUCUUCGCCCACGGCAGGUGGUAGAGGAGACUGCCAAAAGUGAUGUCCCUGCACUAGGGACCAGCCAGCAGGAACUGGAUGAAUUAAUUGUGCGGGUUCAGGAGGAGCUGAAGCUCCAUAAUUACUUGAACAACAGCAGCAUCCGGGAGGCGCUUCUUCGGUGUGACAAGGAUGGCUCUGGUGUCCUCGACAAAGCAAAAUUUUUAUCCCUUUGCAACAGCCUAAGCGUGCCGACCAACGCCGUUCUGGUUAACAAGCUGAUUGACCUGUGUUCUUGUGGAGAAGACAAGAUAAACUACCGUGACUUCCUCAGAGCCUUCCCCUCGUGAAGCUGAAGCACAAGACCAGCAGUAAUAUCCUUAGCUGAGCUGACUGGACAUCAUACUUCAAAAAGGAUGCUCUAGUUUUCACCUUUGCUUCACUCACCCUUCCCUCCUUACUAAUUUCACCCUGGCUUGGUUAACUUUUUCCUUUCCCAACCUUUCCCUGCCCUUUUUGCUACCACCAAACUCAACCUCUGAACUGCUGGAUAUUGCAAUGAAACUCACAGGAAAAAAAAGUUUUGGAGAACCAAAAGCCAGGUUCUUCUGUUGUCCUCACAACUUUUAAAUGCUUGAACUAGCAAGUAAGGCUUGCUAGAGCAAAAGAGCUCUGAAACCUGGAGUGAUGAGCACUCUGCAUUUCUCUUACAGAGUUGAAAGGUGCCUUUCACCUUCAAGCACUAACGACUGCCAGUUUAAUUUUUUAUUUGCAUUACAAUAAGACCCAAGAGCCCUGCCACGGACCACAAUAAACACGUGCUUGCAAGUCUGAAUGUAAGCAAGUCAUGUAUGGCUGCUAUAGUGUUAACAAGUCCCCUUAAAAUAAAUGUACCUCAGUGCCUGGAGUAGCUAAGGAUUAAAAUGAGAAAAAAAAAAUACCACCACAAAAACAAUUCUGAUUCUGGAUUUACUUGAAAUGGAGUAGUGCUUUAGCUCUCACAUAUCUCAUGGAAAUUGCAGGGUUUGUACACAGAUCCGCUGACAGCAGCUUUGCAUUUUUUAACAAAGGUUGGGAGAAUGGCUUUCGAACCGAGAUGCUGUCUAAACCCAUCUCAGGCAAUCUGUCAGCUUACAGGCUGGGUCCAAUGAAAAGGAAAAACUUAACAGUUGGCAUAGCAAUAGAGCUCUGACACUUUCGCUCAGAUUGCUCAUCUCUUCGUGAAGGUAAACGGGGCAGGAGCCUUCUCAGCCCCGAUGACACCUGCCAGGUACUGCCGUUGAGCACAGAUGAGGGGCAGCUAUCACGCAGGCAGCAGAGAACAAAGCUCUUUGGAACGAAGUGCUUAUUUAAAUCAGCUUUUGUGCUGUGGAUUCCCACUUCCCCUCAGCCAGCUGAAUCUCCACACGAC